GACGCAUCUUCCUGCUCAAGUCUUCGGCGCCGCUGUCGGAGGCCCUGGUGUUCGAAAGUAUCCGGAAGUGGCUGGGCUGUAGGCUUUUGAUGCGGGUCGGGAAAAAUGGCGGUGGUCGCUGUGUUCCCGGUUCUUGCGCGGAUGCUUGCUCUGUCAAGGCGCCACCUAGUGUCUCCUUCACUCAGCAUGACAUCAUGCAGACGCUGCUACAGAGGUGACAGCCCGAACGAUUCACAGAAGGAUAUGAUUGAAAUCCCUUUGCCUCCGUGGCAGGAGCGAACUGAUGAAUCCAUAGAAACCAAACGAGCCCGGCUGCUCUAUGAGAGCAGAAAGAGGGGAAUGCUGGAAAACUGCAUCCUGCUUAGCCUCUUCGCUAAGGAACAUCUGCAGCACAUGACGGAGAAACAGCUGAACCUCUACGAUCGCCUGAUUAAUGAACCCAGUAACGACUGGGAUAUUUACUACUGGGCUACAGAAGCAAAACCAGCCCCAGAAAUAUUUGAAAACGAAGUCAUGGUCCUGUUGAGAGACUUUGCUAAGAACAAAAACAAAGAGCAGCGACUGCGGGCCCCGGAUCUUGAAUACCUCUUUGAAAAGCCACACUGAGCUACGUGCCGCCAUCUGCCUGGCCUCGGGGGCUCUACGGAUGCUCAUUGCCUGCGAUGGGUACUGGCCUUGAUGUCCUGCUUCUCCUUAGAUGCUCAGCCCACCCAGAUCUCUGGUCUAGCCUGCAGUGAUGGACCCACCUCUCUCCAAGGACAUGUAUAUGUUCAGUGCACCUCAUGCUAAGACCCUUUGGCUCCAAUCUAAGCCUCAGAAGCAGUUUAUCCAUGUCACUGUCGCUCAGGCCUGACUCUCUCUCUGGUUCCAUAGGAGGAAGCAUUGUGCCAGCUCACUGCUUCAGCCAGAAGUGUGCUCAAUGUGAAGAGGCAGCCAGCUGCCUGUGCUGUGUGGAAGGCUCCCCGGGUGAGCCAGGGCUUUGUCCCUGUGAAAUUCCCCCUUCCAGCCUGGGUUGGUUCUUUCUGCCAGGGGAAACUGGUCCAAGCCCCCUGAGUGGAACCCGUCAAAGGCCCAGCAGGCAGAAUGAGGGCAGUGGGCAGGAACGGUGUGGGCAUGCUGCUUAAGAGUCAGCAUCCUCAGCAGAUUUUCUCUAGAAUGCUCAUUUUAUAAACUGAACGAUAAUUGUGUAUAUUAAAGAAUAUUUUAAAAAGGAAAAUCACA